AUGAAGGUCAUCCUGCAGCGUGUCCUGUCGGCGUCCGUGACCGUCGACAAGGAGAUGAUCUCUUCGAUCGGCAAGGGAGUCUUGGCCUUUGCGGCCGUAGCCCCUGGGGAUACAGAGAAGGAAGCCGAUCUCAUGGCCGCAAAGUGGAAGAAGAGUGUUGGCGAUAUUGGCGGCGAGGUUCUCUGUGUGUCGCAGUUCACUCUUCUGGCUAGUACAAAGAAGGGAGCCAAGCCUGACUUUCACGGCGCAGCCAACCCAGAGGAAGCGCGCCGGCUAUACCACUACUUUGUGCAAAAGGUCAAGGCUGGGUAUAUGGAGGAGAGAGUUAAGGAUGGUCAGUUCCAGGCAUGGAUGGAGGUGGCUCUCGUCAACGACGGACCGGACCAAAUACUACAGGUCACUCUUGAGCUGAACAACGGAGCCAAAACGGGAUAG